UCCGCGAGUUUUAAAGGAGUUAGAUUCGGUCUCUCUCGAUGCUUCGCUUCUUGUGAAAGGAGUGAAGUUUUGAGCCAUUUUGGGAGAUGUGAAGCACUGCUCUCUCUCUCUCUCUGGCUGACAGCUCUUGCUGCCUGAGUUCAGGGAAGUUUCGCCAGGAGGUGUUUGCUGAGUUUCAGCUGCAUGUGAACACACCAGGGACUCCGGCAUGGCUUCGUGUUGGCGCUGUCUAUCCUGUCGCCGCUGUUUCUGCUGUCUGUCCGAGGACGAGAAAGUGGCGUUUGACAUCAACAAAAAAAUCAACAAGGCGUUAAAACAACAGAAACAGAGACGGAAGCGAGAACUCAAACUCCUGCUGCUGGGCACUGGAGAAAGUGGCAAGAGCACAUUCAUCAAACAGAUGAGGAUCAUCCAUGGGUCUGGAUACUCAGAGGAAGACAGAAAAGCAUUUGCAAAGUUGGUCUUUCAGAACAUUAUCACUGCAGUACAGUCUCUUGUCAGAGCUAUGGACACAUUGAAUAUACAAUAUCAGCUGCAGGAGAAUAAGGAAAAUUCUCAGGUAAUAAAGGAUUUAGAAGCCUAUAAAAUCACUACUCUUGAAAGGCACCAUACAGAUGCAAUUAAAAGCUUAUGGAAUGAUCCAGGAGUGAGAAUGUGUUAUGAACGACGUCGGGAGUACCAGUUGCUUGACUCUACAAAUUAUUACCUGACAGACAUUGAUCGUAUUGCAGCCAGUGAUUACAUCCCAACAGAUCAAGAUGUCUUGAGGGUUCGAGUACCAACAACAGGCAUCAAUGAGUAUUCAUUUAACAUGCAUCAGGUCUCCUUAAGAAUUGUGGAUGUUGGAGGACAGAAGUCGGAGAGGAGGAAAUGGAUUCACUGCUUUGAGAAUGUCAUAUCGGUUAUAUUCCUGGCCUCCCUCAGUGAAUAUGAUCAAGUCCUGGAAGAGAGUGAGAAUGAGAAUCGAAUGAAGGAGAGUCUUGCUCUUUUCCAUUUUAUUUUGAAGUCUGACUGCUUUGUGAAUUCAUCAAUGAUUCUUUUCUUGAAUAAAAAGGAUAUUUUGGAAGAGAAGAUUCUUAGAUCACAUUUAGGAGACUAUUUUCAUGAAUUUGAUGGUGCCAGAAGAAAUGCUUCCGCCGCCAUGAACUUUAUUUUAAAAAUGUACCUGAGGCAAAACGAAGAGAAGCGAAAAAUCUACUGGCACUUCACCUGUGCCACAGACACGGAGAAUAUCCGUAAGGUUUUUAUGGACGUCAGGGACACAGUCUUAUUGCGGAGCCUGGAAGAACUGGACUUAUUGUAGUCAGACAUGAAGAGAUUCCAGUGACCAUUGCCCCUUAAAGAGGCAAAAAUGGGAAUUUUAACCCCCACUCCCAUGCAGCACAGCUGAGAACAUUAGCAAAAUUCCUCAAACAAAUACAGACUGAUGCUCCCAGCAAUGGGAUGAGGCUCUUUACGCUGUUAGAGCACCAGUUUGAAAAGUACCUAAUACCAAAACAAGACAUUUCUGGAAAUAUUUUCUUGAAUAUAUUAAUGUGCACCCCAGAGAGCAACAAAAGCCCGACAGAAGGUCAACCAAGGUGCGAUGGCGAACUAAAAAAGAAAUUAUUAUGUUGCAUUCUGCAUUUGCUAAGGCAAUUGUUUGACCAUCACAAUGUCCUGAAAUAUGUUUUUAAAGCCUGGGUUGUUCCACUGCUUUUUCGCAUUCAGAAAUGAGAGUUUGAACAGUGACUGACUGAUUGCAGAAUCAGCAGUAAAGGGCUAUACCCCAGUAUGUGAGAAGGCCAGGGGGAAAGAAUGUCACUCACAGUUUGUAGGCAGGCAAUGUGCAAUGUUUGUAUGGUGUCUUCAUGUCAAUGUAGAGCCACAGAGCUAUACAGCAUGCAAACAGAUCCUUCAGCCCAACUGACAAGGUAUCUUAAAUUAAUAGAGUCCCAUUUCUCAGCAUUUGGCUCAUAUCCCUUCCUAUACAUGUACCAUCUAGAUACCUUUUAAAUGUUGUAAUUGUACCGGCCUCCGCCACUUCUUCUGGCAGCUCAUUCCAUACACACACCACCCUCUACGUGAAAAAGUUGCCGCUGAGGACCCCUUUAAACCUUUCCCCUCUCACCUUAAACCUAUACCCUUUAGCUUUGGACUUCCCUACCCUGGGGAAAAAUCUUGGCUAUUCUGCCUAUCCAUGCCCCUCAUGAUUUUAUGAACUUCUAUAAGGGAUAGGAAUAGGGUAAAUAGCCAAGGUCUUUAGAAAGCUGUCAGUACCCAAUAUUGCAUUGUUACUACACCGUGCAGCUCCAAUUUGGUGAAUAGCAGUGCCUAAGCUCUACUUUCUGCUCUAGUACACAGUUCUAUGGAUCUACAGGAUCCAUAAUAUGAUGGCAACCCUCCACACUCCCACAUUGACUACCUAAUGGGGCCAUUCUCACAGUGCCCCACUUUGAUGCAUCUAACAGAAAUUGUACAACACGAAGUCUUUUACCUGGGAGAUACCUCAAUGUCGGUCAAACAGCCUUUUCUCCCCAUCUCCAAUACCUCUAGAACUAAGUUUUGAAAGAAAAUGAAAAAAAUUUUUUUCCAUUGACCCCCUGGUCUUCCCCUCAUAUUGCUUUGCAGCAGUGAUCUAGAGAUUAAUCUUUAAUUCUUGGAGACACCAGGGGAAAUCUGGAAGUUUGGCAACCAUGGCAGAUAAAUUGUCAAAUGUCAACAACUUCCUUUGUGAAGAGCUAAAGUGGUGACCAACUCAGUUGUAGUCCAUGCAAACUGAAGAUUCUGAAGUGCUGUAGAGCCAAUGUUUGGCAGCAUGUCAACUCUGGAUUCUGGACCAGCGAAUGAAAAUAAGGACAGCUCUUGAGACAGUUCAGCUAGCCUCCUUUUCUCUACUUCAACUGCCGCCAUUGUCAAUUGACAUUCCAGAAGCAUGUGGAAUCACAUGGACCUGGGCUACAGGUGUCACACAAAAUGCUGUGCAAGGCAAAAAGAUACAUUUUGGCCCAAGUGGCAAUUUUGUGCCAGUAUUUGUGCGCCCGUUGCUUCUUUCCCUCCCCCGACUUUACCUAAUUCUCUGAACCCUCAUUUGUUUAUCCACCUUCCUUUUCUGGUAAGGUGUAAAGUCACACUAUUGUGUGUGAACAGCAACAGAUUACAUUGAACACACUGUAAACAGAGGAUGGUGAAAGAGGCAUGAAAUCCUCUCAACCCAGAGUCCGGUUUCAUGUCAUCUGACAUCAAUGCGUUGUAACACCUUGUACACAGUUGGUAACUGUACCGUGGGUAAGUUUAUCACUUUUUUUAUCACACACCCUGUAAACACAUCUAUAGAGGAGACAGUUGGGCUUGUGGUAAUCUCAUUGGACUGAAGGAUUUGUGUUUGAAUCCUACCAUGAAAGAUGGUGACAUUUGAAUUUAACAAAAAUCUGGCGUGUAAACGAGCCUGGCCCAAUGGUGAUUAUAUAGUCAGUGUUGAUUAUUAUAAAAAUCCAUCUGGUUCAUUAAAAACAAUUAGGAAAUCUGUUGUCCUUACUUGGUCUGGCCUGUAUGUGACCCCAGACCUACAGCCAUGUGGUCAACUACUAACUGUCCUCUGGGUAUUUAGAGAGAGAUAAUAAAUAUUAGCCUGGUCAAUGACAUCCCAUGAACAUUUUUUUAAAUUGCCUCAGAUGCUCUUUUGUGUUAACAAGUUCCACAUUGUAAUUGUUUUCUGAUGAAAAUGUUUCUCUUGAAUUAUCUGCUGGGAUUAUUAGCAGGUGGCAGAUAUUUACAGUCACUAGCUUUUGCCUCCAUAGCAUCAGCCUUCAUACCGCUUUGCAAGUACCGACUUGAUUGGGCCUCUUCUGCACUGGACAAAGUUAAAAAUCACGCAACACCAAAUCACACCAACCUGGUGAUGUGUGAUUUUUAACUUUGUACACCCCAGUCCAACACCGGUUCCUCCAAACCAUCUCUUCUGUACUGUUUGAUUUGAUGAUGCCUGUAGCUUGAUCCCAGUGGGAUUGGUUAGCUCUUGUGGCUGGAAAGUGGGUUUGCAAUGUUGAGUAAUGCCAAAAGUGUGAGUUCGGUUCCCGUGCAGCUGACAUUACCAUGAAGGAUCCUCCCUUGCCUGAGGUGUAGUGCCUCUCAGAUUAAACCAUCACCAGUUACCUCUCUCUUACGAGAAAGCGGUCCUGUGGUCUGGUCAGAUUAGAUGGUGACUUUAGUUUGCAUUUUCACAUCAAAAAUCAGAGUAAGUUUUUUUUUGCAGCAAAAACAUUUAAGGGUUACAUCUCAAUAAGUAUCAUCGUGUUCUUACAGUUCCAUUGACAGCAGUGGUGCAAUAGCAUAAGGUAACACAAAGCUUGUUUGUUUCAACAUCCAAAAGCGAUGUAACAUUAAGUGAAGGCAUUUAACUAUCUAUCUUACUGCAUCUUAAAUAAACUUUUCUAAGCUUCCAGGAUAGAAAUGCUGUAAAGAGAACUGUUUUCAAACUAGCUCACAAAAGCAAACAACGUUAAAGAACUGGUAACUCUGGAUUUUAGUAUUUAACGAGGAAUAAUGUGUGCUUUAAGAGAUGCUUUCUUCCAGAUAUCUGAUUCAAUCUUCUUUGAAGUUUGAGACCUUCUUGAUAGUCCUGUUUUGUACAUCAUCAAAUUAAACAGGAAUUAAUUUUGAUAGAUUAGAGUGAGCAAUUGAUGUGACAGGCCAAAAUCUGCACAAUCUUGGUUUAAGACGAUAAUUAAUGCAACAUGAAGUCUGUGAGCAAAAGGCCUCAGGUCUUUGCCAAGUUGUUCCUGGAACAUUCUAUGACAAAAGAAAGGAGCAGUAUCGUUUCAGCUUCUCAAAACUGGCCAAAGGUGGCUUCAGGCUUUAAUAUUUUUAUACUUAGUUAGGGAUUGUUGUCUAAUUUUCGUGAUUUCACAUUAAUUGUUCACCUCUGCCAUCUGUCCAUGCAAGUGUCAACUCUGUCACCAGCUAUCGUUCAAUGGGCACUAACCACCAUUGAGCUGCAUAGUCCAGAUUAUUCAUUUCUUACUUGACUGCAGUAACUUCACAUGCCAGUCAGAUCCUGUUAUUAUUCAAUUAGCUGCACUUCCUGUGGGGAAAUCAGCAGACAGCAUGCCGGAAACGGUGCCAGUUUCCUUCUUCUUAGUACAGAGCCAUUGAACAUUAAAUGGUUAUUACAUUGUGCAUGCCAGCUGCAAAGGCGUAGAAGAUCAACUGAGAAUUACACCAGCCGCCAUCAGUUUGUGAUCAUACUAUUUGAAUAUGGUGUGCUGAGAAUCUUUUCCAAACGGAUGAUAAAAAAGGAUUGAUUAAUUUAACUAUUGAAGGCACCAUAUAAAUGCACCUUGUUGCUAUUUGCAAAUGGUAGAAUAAGAUAAAGGAAUAUAAUGUGAAAUGCACUCGACUAAAAUGACAAUGUAAGGUAUUGAGGCUGUUGUUUCUUUCUCCAUCUUCUUCUCCAUAUUGAUAUAUUAAUGGAACUGAUUGUGUUCAACAUUUUUGAUAACUUGUAAAACUUCUAAAUUAGAUUGUGAACGUUUCAGCCCAGCAGAUAAAGUCCUUUUAGUGACACUGACUCAAUGUGGGAAGGCUGAAAUUUUGAAAUAGCCAGGUGGUGCUCCCUUAAUUAGCCCGGUACCAUUGACAGUAGAAUUUUAAGCUGCCUGUCUUCCUGUGGAAUGCAUAACAAAUAAUUACUGCAAGGAAAGGAUUAUCAUUUAAUUAAUUAUAAUUCAGUUUAAUCAUGUCAUAAAUAUGUAAGCAAUAAUCUGUGUAUUAUAUAAAUAUGGUUAAAUAUACAGAACAUUUUAUAAUAUGUGGUUUUGUAUACAUUUCCCUCUGUAUUCAUGAUUAAAUGUAUUUCUGUACAAAGUGACCAAACAACUGUAUCUCUGAAAAAUUCUAUUACCUGUGAACCAUACAUUUUCAGACUAGCCACUGAAAUGGGGACCAGAAUUGCUUGAUGUAAAGAGAAUGAACAAUGUUAUGAUUAUAUUUUAGAGAAUUGACAUUUUUAUAAAUAAAUAGUUCACAAAUAUUUAAA